AUGAUGGCGGAGGCGUGGGUGGACGUGCUGCCGCCGCCGGCGCCCUACUUCGCCGGGCAGCCGUGCUGGGCCGUACAGCAAGAGCGUCGUGGAGGCGGCGCCUGGACACUGGAGGAGAACAAGGUGUUCGAGGAGGCGCUCGCGGCGAUCGACCUGGACGCGCCGGACCGGUGGGAGAUGGUCGCGCUGAUGCUGCCCAGGAAGACGGUCGCCGACGUGGUGAACCACUACCGGGCCCUCGAGAACGACGUCGGGUUCAUCGAGGCCGGGCUGGUCCCGUUUCCUCACUACGACAGCUCGUCCCCUUCGUCCGGGUUCACUCUGGACUGGGACGGCGGCGCCGCCGGCGCCGGCGGGUUCAGGCGCGGCUACUGCCUCAAGCGCGGGCGCGCCGACCAGGAGCGGAAGAAGGGCGUCCCGUGGACGGAGGAGGAGCACCGGCUGUUCUUGAAGGGGCUGAAGAAGUACGGGAGAGGCGACUGGAGGAACAUCUCGCGGAACUACGUGACGAGCCGCACGCCGACGCAGGUGGCCAGCCACGCCCAGAAGUACUUCAUCCGGCUCACCUCCGGCGGCAAGGACAACAAGCGCCGCUCCAGCAUCCACGACAUCACCACCGUCAACGUGCCCGACGACGACGACCGCGGCAGCCCCUCGGGGUCCCCGCCGUCCGCGCUCACCACCGUCGACACGAAGCCCUCGCCGUCGUACGGCGGGCAACGGCACGCCUUCAUGCCGCCGACGCUGCCAGCGGGGACGCUCGGCGGCGGCCACCCCUAUGGCAACGUGAAGCUCGAGCACCAGAGCUCGUUCAUGGACGGCGCGGGCCUCGACCUCGACGACUCGCUCCUCCUGCAGAUUCAAUGCGGCCAGCUGUGA